CAACAAAACAAAACAACAGUCUGUUCAAACAUGGCGGCCAUGCCGUACUUAGUACUUUUAGUCUAGUUAAAACUUUUGUAAAUUUAGAUUUUGUACUUAUGGAAUUUAAGUAAAUAAGCUACCAUUUUCUCAAGGUUGAGGCUGCUGGCAACAGCAGCAUGGCUGAAACAGGAGCAGAGCACCACAAGUGGCUCUCAACUGGCUCUCUGUGUUUAAGUAUCGACGGUGAGGACAAAAAAACUGACCCCUACGAAGAAGAUAUGGGGACCACAAUAAGAAACCAACCACCUGGUGUAAAGAAAUCCAACAAGUAUGGUCCAGCUAUGAAGCAUCUUCUUCCCUAUCGUAAAGCUCCCCCUGAUAGUCAAGUAAUGCCUGGAAACUCCUCUGGCCUGUUCUCAUUUAUUGCUGUGGCAUGGAUGACAAAACUGAUGUGGAAAGCAUAUCGUCAUGGGUUGUCUGAAGAAGACUUGUACGAGCUUCAUACUGCUGACCGUGCUGAAUCCAAUGCUUGCCGACUUGAGAGUGCUUGGCAUGAUCGUGUAAGACAGCAGGGAUUUGAGGCAUCUCUUUUCUCUGUCGUGUGGCGUUUUUGUCGAACAAGGGCUAUUGUUGCUACUUUAUUGAUGGUCUUAGCUGUCAUAUUUCAGUUCCUGGGUCCUGCUAUUUUACAACGGCUUAUACUUCAAUAUGUUGAUGACAAGACACUACCCCUAUCUUGGGGUUUGACGCUAGUUGUUAUGCUAUUUGCUACCCAAUUGUUGAGAAAUUACUGUUUUGGUGCUGCUUAUGUGAUGGGCUUACAUACUGCAAUACGUAUUCAAGGUUCAAUUCAACAUCUUGUAUACAAGAAGAUGCUGCUACUUCGUUCUGGAGGAGAACGAGCGCUGGGUCAAGUCAUCACAUUUUGUACUAAUGAGCAGGAAAGAGUUUUUGAGGCUGCACAUAUGGGAGUUCUUAUCUUAGGAACCCCAGUUAUGUUCACAAUGUGUGUCAUAUAUUCUGUUUGGGUCCUGGGCCCAUGGGCUCUUGCUGGGAAUUUCGUUAUACUUCUCUUCUACCCAGUGAUGGCAGGGGUAGCCAGCCUUACAAGUAUGGUUCGUAUUAAAACUGUUCAAGUAACAGACAAACGGAUAGGGUUAAUGCACGAAAUUCUGAGCAGCAUUAGACUCAUCAAAAUGUAUGCAUGGGAAGAUAGCUUUGCCAAGAACAUUUGCCAUGUCCGUGAUUUAGAGCGUCAGCAACUCCAGAAAGCAGCUUUUCUACAAUCUUUUAGUAAUACAAUAACACCUUCCAUAACAAUACUAGCAUCAAUUGCUACUUUUCUUGGAUACAGUUUAACAGGUAAUAAUCUCUACACGGCAGAAGCAUUUACAGUGUAUGCUGUGUUUACUGCCAUGCAGUUUACUGUGGGAACACUACCCUAUGGUAUCAAGUGUCUUGCAGAAGCGAAAGUAUCAUGCAACAAAAUUCAGAAAUUUCUCCAGAGACCAAACUUUGAAUCAACUGUCACUAGAAACCCUGGGGGUGUUCCAAGUACUGGCCCUGUAAUUGAUUUCAAGAAUGCAACGUUCAUUUGGGAUGACGAUGAACCAGAAAUGCUAAUGAAAGCUAAUACAAAAAUAAGAGGAAAUCUUCCAAAACUAACUGAAAUUGAUGCUGCUAAUGGAGUUAAAAAUGGAAAGAACUUGGAGGAAGCCAACAAGCUUUUCUCUGAUGUUGACAAACCAGAAGAGCCUUUGAGGGAGAUUAGCCUUACUGUACAGCGGGGAACUCUUCUUGGUAUAUGUGGUUCAGUUGGUGCUGGAAAGAGUUCUUUGUUGUCAGCAAUCACAGGGGAUAUGAUUCGUGUGCAAGGAGAAAUGUUUGUUCAAGGAGGUUUAGCUUUAGUUUCUCAACAAGCUUGGAUUUUUAAUGAAACACUUCGUGAAAAUAUACUAUUUGGUUUGCCCUAUGAUGAAGAGCGGUACAAUGAAGUUAUUAAUGUCUGCUCACUUCAAAGGGAUUUGGAAAUGUUAUCAAAUGGAGAUCAAACUGAAAUUGGAGAAAGAGGAUCAAAUCUAAGUGGUGGCCAGAAACAAAGAGUCAAUUUGGCCCGUGCUGUGUAUGCAAACAAGGAUGUAUACUUACUAGAUGAUCCUCUGAGUGCAGUUGAUGCACGGGUUGCAAGACAUAUCUUCUCUAAAUGUAUUAAAGGAACCCUGAAAGGAAAAACAAUCCUACUUGUUACCCAUGGACUACAGUUUUUGGCUGAUUGUGACGAGGUAGUUUUCAUGAAAGAUGGGACUAUAUCAGAACGAGGUAGUCACUCUGCACUUUCUGAAGCUGCUGGAGACUAUUGCCAAAUGCUUACAUUUGACCAUUCACGAUCUGUGAAGAAACAAAAUAGCUCUGAUGAUACUGAGGUGAAAACAAUUGAUGUUGAUGAAGAAACUCCUCUAGAAGAGAAUGUUGGCAAAUUAACAUCUGCAGAGGAACACAAGUCUCUGGGUUUUUCAGGGUACCUUCGUUAUUUUGUUUUCUGUGGAGGCUACUUCAUCAUGCUCCUCCUGCUCCUGCUUAUUGUUUUGUUCACAUUGGCAAGAUUAUUCUCUGGUGUCUGGCUACAAAUAUGGCUUGAUGAAGGUGAUGGAUUGGAGGCUGAAAGAAAAUUCAAUAUCUCACAGUAUAAUCUAACAUACACAGAUAAUGAGCUGAAAGGACUUGUAAAUGAGAAUCCGGAUAGAGCUUACUACCAACUUGUUUAUGGUCUCACUUUUGGGUUGACUAUAGUAAUUGGCGUUUGCAAAGGGUGGGGAAUAGCCCGCCAGCUCUUGCUGGGUUCAUCUCGUUUGCAUGAUACCAUGUUCCGGAAAAUUAUGCGCUGUCCAAUUUCAUUUUAUGAUGUGACACCUACUGGAAGGAUUUUACAAAGAUUUUCAAAAGAUAUGGAUGAGCUUGAUGUUCGAAUCCCAUUCUUUAUUGAAUUUGUUUGGCAAGGAUUAUUGUUCUGUAUAACACAAAUGCUUUUGAUUUGCUUUGUGUUUCCCAUAUUCAGCUUUGCUCUUGCUGUUGCUGCAGUCCUCUUUGCUUUCCUUGAUGUAUGGUUGAACAAGGGUCUAAAGGAAACAAAACGACUAGAUAACCUACGCAAGUCACCUGUCUUGAAUCAUAUUACAUCAACAAUGUCCGGUCUCUCUGUCAUUCGUUCAUUUGGACGGCAAAGAGUUUUCCUUGAGAGGUUUUGUGCUCGGUUGAAUCAGUCCCUAGCAUCAGAUCUAAUUUAUAGAUCAUCUGUCCGCUGGUUUACGUUUCGGAUGGAUAUGAUUGCAGUAGUUAUGGUAACUCUUACUGGAUUUGUCGUUGUGUAUUUUCGAGGUACUGUUACUACAGCUGAAAGUGGGCUGGCAUUAUCCUGUGUUUUUGCUGUGUGUACUUUUAUACCAUAUGUGAUGCAACUGAAAUCAGAGUUUCAAUCAAGAUUUACAUCCGCUGAAAGAGUUCUGGAGUACUCUUCAGAUCUUCCAGAGGAGGCUCCAAAGCAAAUUGAUCAAUCACCCAAGCCGAAAAAUUGGCCAGAAAAAGGUGAUGUGAAGAUGGAAAAUGUUGAAUUACGCUACCGACCAGGAUUACCCCUGGUUUUGCAGAGCGUAUCUGCUCACAUAAAGGGUGGCGAGAAAAUAGGUGUUGUUGGUAGAACUGGAGCUGGGAAAUCGUCAUUGAUUUCAACAUUCCUAAGACUCACAGAGUUGGCUGGAGGACGUAUACUUAUUGACAACAUUGACAUAUCCUUGCUAGGAUUACAAGAACUUCGUUCAGCCAUUGCAAUUAUACCACAAGAUCCAGUUCUUUUUGAGGGCACAUUAAGGUUUAACCUUGAUCCCUUUGGAGAACAUAAAGAUGGAAAAAUUUGGGAAGCAUUGGAAAAGUCUCAUCUGAAAGACAAGCUUAGUCGAGAGGAAAAGCAACUACAAACUCCUGUCAGUGCUGCAGGUCAAAAUUUGUCUGUCGGAGAAAAGCAACUAAUUUGCCUUGCUAGGGCUGUACUGAGGCAAAAUAAGAUUUUGCUUCUCGAUGAGGCUACUGCAUCAGUGGAUGUGGAGACAGACUUUCUGAUUCAGAGGACAAUCAGGGAGACUUUCAAGGACUGUACUGUAGUGACCAUUGCUCAUCGUCUUCACACUGUUUCAUCUUAUGAUCGUGUUAUGGUCAUGGAUGCUGGAAAGGUUGUUGAAUUUGAUACACCAUUUGCUCUUACUGCAAACAAGGACUCUGUGUUCCAUGGUAUGCUUGAAGCUGCUGGUGUUGCUUACCCUGCUGCCUCACCUGAUAGCCCAUCUCGUUAAGUUAUUCUGUGUUUUGUUCUGUGCUUCUCCAUCUUCAUGUUGUCAUGUUCUAACUACUGUUGUUCCAAGAAAUCUUCUUGAAAUCUUAAUCUCAAUUCUCAUUGUGCAGCUGAAGGUAUCUGAUCUGACUAGAGUUAUUUUAACUCAUUUAAAUUUGUACUUACUGAACAUUUUUCAUGUUAACAUUUUAAUCAAAUGUUUGUUUUUAGGAGAUGUUUGAAGUGAUAGGGCUGUGAUGAAACAAAUUUUCUCUUUUGAAGUAAAAUACUGUAUUUUUACUAUUUUAGAAUUUCCUGAACUGUUCUGGUGCAUCCAAAAUUUAUAAAACUAUUGUAUCCCAUGACAUUUCUAUGUGAUCUGAUUAAUUUCUAUCGGCUUGUGUUCUUAAUAACAGUGAGUAUUUCGUAAUUUUUUUGCUUGUUCUGGACUCAUGGAUUCAGUUUAGGUACACUUGUGACAGUGCUCUUGUUACACACUUUCACGAAGUAGUAGCCACAAAUGCAUAAUGUUUCUGAAUCUUUAAACCAGUGUUCCUUCUGAUUAGUAAUCUAUUACAUGUGUUGUUUAAGAUUAAGACAAUGUUUUCCUUGUUUAUAUCUUGUGUUUUUUUCACAAAGAAUAGUUAUGUUUUUGUUCUAUUCUGUAGUGUAGGAAUAUUCUUUUACAGAUCACAAAGCUUACAUGUUACUUAAUUUUGUUUAACCCUGCCUGUGUUGUUAUUCUUUUUACCUAAUUCUUCUCACUAUUUCAACUAUGCUAUUGUCAAGACAAUUACUACGUAGAUAAUUACUGGGACUUAAGCUAAAGUGCAUUAUGUAUCACAGCAUUGUUAUAGCUGGUGACUUGUCAUAAGGACCAAAGAUGUAUAUUGUAUGACUGUUAUUACCUAAGGAUGAACCUAUUGAGGCUUUCUUAGGAGCACAUUCUACUAUUGUUAAUGGCAUAUUAGUGAAUUGGGUAAUUUAAGGAAAUGACAAUCUCCUUUCUUAAAGGUUGUCAUCACCCCCAAGUACCAGUAAUUAUUUCUAAUUAUUUUAACUUUUGAUUGGCUAUAUGCUAAAAACCAGUGAAAAAUGACUAUCAAAACAAUGUUUAUUGAUAUUGCUUUGAUUCUUAAAAGACCGUGUCAGUCAACUGUUCACCACUGCCCUAGGUGAUGACACGCUAUUGUGUGUUAUAGGUAGUUACUGUUAGUGUAUCACCGUAUUUACCUUGCCUGUGUUGUCAAUUUAUGACAGUUCUUCCAGUACAAUUCCUUAAUUUUUAAUAUCUUUAAUAUUGUUAAUGUUGCUUUUGCUUCAGUAUGGUGCUAAAGUUAAGUUAAAUAAGGCUCUUGCUAGAUACAUAGCUCAUUCUGGAGAGCCAUUGCACCGUAAUUUCAAGUUUUGUUUUCACAUCAUACUUGCACUUCUUUUAAAAAGGAAUGAAAAGAAUUCAAAUUGGACUUUUUUAAAAUACACGUACACCUAAUUCA